GUCACACUGAUACAAUGUUAAAACUGAAUUUUUCUGGUCACUCAAUAUUUUGAUUCUCUUAAAUGUAAAAAUUGCAAUGGCAGAAAAAUAUUCUUCAGAUCUUUUUCGUGUAGUUAUUGCACAAAUAUCGCAAACCAUAGGAUACAGCUAUACUUUUAGUUCCCCAUUGGAAUUAUUACAAGACAUUAUGAAAAAGUUUGUGCAAGAAUUUGCUCAAGACCUUCAUUGCAACAUGGAGCACGCUAAUCGACUUGAACCAGACUUAAAAGAUGCACGUCAGAGUUUAAAAAACCUCCACAUGAAUAUUUAUGAAAUAUUGGAUUACAUUGUCAAUGUUGAACCAGUGGUUUCAAACAGAGAUAUUGGACAAUUUCCUAUUAAACGGUUAUCAAACAUGAAUUUUCUUAAGGCUGGAAAUACUGAAACUUUAACCCGUCCGGUUCACAUAUUUGAAUAUUUGCCAGCAAUUGAGACUCCAAGCGAGAUCCUACCUUCAAAAGAAUUGCAAACACAUGAAACAAUCUUAAAGAAUGAUUCGAGAACAGCUAUUUUCGAUGAGAACCUAAACCUUAAUUCUAAUGAAGCUCAUUCUUCAGAUGUGGUCGUUUUUUUCCCUAAUAACUACGGCGAUUUUGACAACGGUAGUUCUUUACGAGAAAUGAGUAGCGUAGUAAUGACAACAGGAGGAUUUUUAAGUCCGGCUAUUGAAGGAAAAUUACCAGAAGCCUUUGUUCCAGAUAUUAUUGAAAAAUAUAUGGGUCUAGAUGCUCCUCCAGCUUCGUUAUUUGUAGCUUCUUCAUCUGAAUCUUCUAGAAAACCGAAUACAUUGUUUAACGAAUCAUUAUUGUUCUUAAGAGAAAUAAACACCAAUCAACAAAUGUCAGCAUAUGAAACUUUUGGACACAAAUCAAUAAUAGCUAAUGCAGUUAAUAAUGAUUUAUUGCUAUCUUCGAUAUCAAAUGAGUUAAAUAGCAUUUCUUCUAAAAAGUCUAAAAGACAGAGAAAUGACUUUAUGAAAGAUAAAAAAAUUGUACAUGACAAAACUCUAGAAAAGACCAAUAAUAAAACUAUUAAAGUGCAACACAAAAAUAUAAAAUCUCACAAUGAGUUUAAAAUUUGCGAAUUAUUUCAUUCAAAAAAGUCUAAGAAGCGCGAAUCUAAUAACUUGCAAUUAGAAAAACUUAUGAAGAAACAAGCUAGAUUAAAGAAAAAAAAAAUGAAAUGUCAGUUCCCUGUUUUUCUUGAAAAGAGUGAAACCAACAUAGACUCCAGUACAAAUGCAAGCGAAACUUUUUCAUUAUCCGUGGUGGCUACCGCCCCUUUAACUAUCGAAAAGGAAGAAAAAAUCAGUUUAGUUAGGGAUGAAACUUCUAAUUUAAGUAUGAAUUCUACGGAAGUUUUUGAGGUACAAAAAAUUGAAUCCCAUCAACCUCAAAGUAUAUUAUCAAUUAAAAAAAGUUUGGGCGAAACCGAACGAAAUAAAUUAGAUGUUUUUAAAAAAAUUUCCAAGCCGCGAGCAACACGUAAAGAUGGAAUAGAGACGUCAGCUGUACUUUUUGGUAAAUUAACUAGCAAUUCAAUAUUGAAUCUACCGUCCGGGACCACUAUAACACCAACACCACCAAUAGAAAAACCCUCAGCAUCAGUUAAAAUAGGAAUUGAUAUAUCAACAAGAAAUACAACGAAACCGAAAAAACGAGGUAGAAAGUCUGGAGGCAAAGAUCACUUAGAAAAUUCCGGUAUAACAACAAACUCCUGGGGAAGUUUACAAAAAAAACAGAAGUCUAAAAAUGUAAUAACCCUCCCCAUUGUUACAUCGGAUCAAUUAAUUACCACUUCCAAUCAAACAAAUAUUCCAAUUUCAACCGAACCACUAAAUUUAUGUAAUAUAGAAGUAACAAGUGGAAUUGUGCCAUGUAUUCAACCAAAGUCAAACAACAAAAAAGAUAAAAAGAAAAACAAAACAAAUUAUCUGGUUGAGGCGAAUAAAGAAAUCUGCGCCAAACCUAUUAUUGAGAAAGUAUCUUUAAACGAUGUUUCCGGCCAGUUAAAAUCUACUAUUCCCAAUCCAGAUCAAUUUAUUUCUGUUCCCAAUACUUUACCGAGCAACCCAGUAUAUCCAGGUACCGAAACUGAUACUGGAGUUGUGCCAUUGUUGCCUCUUUUACACUUUCCACCUCGCCCGGGUUUAAUUCCAUCAGGACCUGGACUGUAUCCGGGUGCUGUUAGCCUGGUUGGUCUGAGUUCUAAUGAUAACAGGCUUACCAUUCCCCCUUUUAUACGUCACCCCGUAUCUGAGUCCUUUAGAGGUCAACAUCUUUCUGAAUCUAUUGGUAAUUAUCCACAAGAACAUCUGACAAGUUGUAAAACGGAGUUAAAUUUGGACCGAAAUUAUUGCAAUGUUGCUCCAUUGGUACCCGAAAACAUGAAAUUAUCUGAAAAUUCUGCAUUAAAUCGUGAUGUAUAUGGCUUGGAAAAUUCAUGUAUUCAAGAUUCUCACAAACAAGAAAAAUUGUUAUCCCUACCUACAGGUAAUCUAGGAGAUCCCAUCGAGGUAUCAGAUGAAUCAGAUGAAUCAAUGCAACAUAGAGAGCGAAAGCUGUCCCCAAUAAUAUCUCAAACUAAGAAAUUAUCCUCUAUGCAACAGCAGAAUCUUUCAUAUGUCUCUUCAAGUGAUACACUCAAGGAUAUGGAUUCAAACAAUGAUCCUGAUACUCUAUCUUUAACAACUAAUUCAGAAGCGAUUUUUCUGAAAAAACAAGUUAAACUAACCCUUCCAAAAGUAAAAAAAAAUACAAAAGAUCCAUCUACCCCUUCACUCACUUCGUUUAACUUGUCAAGUUUUAUUGGCGCAGACAAGUUUAGCUUAGCUGGUGGGGCGGACCUUAUUCCAUUGUCUAGAUUGGACUGUGGUUUAAAAGAAACCAAAAUGUCUUCCAGUAACGAAUAUUCUGGGCCACGGCCACAGUUUAAUAUUUGUGAAGCCCGACCAUUUUUGUCCAAAAUAUCAAGCUACGACGAUAUUACAAUUACAUCUACAGGACCAGUUCCAAUUGAUGUAAAAAUACGCAAACACCAUAAAAAAUUAAAAAAACUAAAAGAUGGAAAAAUAAAGAAAAAAAAGGAAAAAAAAAACAAGUAUAAAGGAAAGGAGAGGAUAGAAGUAAAUAAAUCCGAUCGGAAACAUAAGGAAACAGAAAGAAAACAUAAGAAAGAAAGAAAGGAUAAAGAGAUUGUUAUACCUAUUCUGGAAGAAGAGAAAAACUUCGAAAGCGGAACUUCCAUCAAUGAUAAUGGAUCUACUAGUAAAAAAUUGUUUGGGGCUAUUCAAAAAGAUCCCAAUUUAAUAACAGCCUUACAGCCAUCGCUAUCAACCUGUUGUACAAUAUCGCAAAAUACCGAGCCUCCUACAAAUCAAAUACCAAAAUUAACAUUAAAAUUGAAUGGACAAUCUACACCUUUGCCAAUUUUAUAUAACGAAGGAGAUUCACAAGACAUUGGAUUUGUGAAAAAUUCCAAUUCAUUAAUCCAAACAAACAGAGAAUGCAGUAGAGAUCAUUCUCCCGAACUAGCCCGGUUUUCACCAUUAGUGACUGGUCCUCCUAAAUCCAAACAAACUGAUUUUACUAUGUUAGGUACAAGUAAUCUUGGAACAUCUAUAGGAAACUCUCCAUUUAACACUAUUUCUUCGUCCCCUUCACCUUUAAUUACAAAAUCGUCACAGAUUCCGAUCAAUCAACUUAAUUCCGUUGGAUGGGCGUCAAAUUCAAAUAACAAUUUAGUUGCUUCGUCCACUAUUUCAGCCAGUUCAGUUUUGUUACCACAACAACUAAUGUUGACACCUAAUACGGUCAUGAAUAAUUAUUCGUCAAGUCUUCCCAUUAAUUCAUGCAUGACGGAUAGGGAACUAACUUUAAAUGCUCCUCUGCAAAUUCAAGAAAAUGGUGCGCCAAAUGCACAAAUUAACCGGCCUUCAUCUUAUGUGGAUGCUGAAGGAAAUCGUAUUUGGAUUUGUCCGGCUUGCGGGAAGGUUGAUGAUGGUUCAGCAAUGAUUGGGUGUGAUGGCUGCGAUGCUUGGUAUCACUGGACAUGUGUUGGCAUAACAAUUGCACCAAAGGACAAUGACGAUUGGUAUUGUCGUAUUUGCAUUACCAAACAAAAAAAUCAAUUUUCGGAUAAAAAAAAGAAGCGAAACAAAAAAAAGUAACAUUAUUCCCUCUAAUAAAAAAAUUUUAUUUUUUUUAAGCUUAAAUAUACUUUUUUUUUAAACCAUUAAAAGAAUUGAUAAUCCGUUGUUUAUUACUGUACCCAUAGACGAAAAUAACAAAUUAAAAUGGUCAAUUUGCCUUUCAUUUGAAUAAAUGUUACACCUACCGAAA